AUGGUGAUAAGCGGCUUUGAUCACGAAUGCAGCGCACAGGCGCUUGUUGAUCUGCUUCCGACAAUUGAAUGCCUCACGGAACCCAAGGUACUCCCAAGUAGCACACUAGCGCUAUGUGGGAACGGUAUCGUCGAGGAAGACGAAGACUGUGAUUGUGGGCCAGCAAAAUAUUGCAAUAACGCCUUGUGCGAACCACGAACGUGCCGUUUCAUCAUUGCACGGCAGUACUUGUAUACAAUAGUGACUUUUGGAGCAGCUCUGAUAAUCUGCUGUUUUCUGGUCCUAAUCAAGUGA